AAAAUAUUUAAGUGGUGAAUGAAGCAUCAAAGGACGAAGGGUUGUGUGACUUAAUAUCUAUAAGACAGAAAUCAAUCGAUAAUAAUAGAAAAAAUUCUGAAAUUUGUUUGAUAAAUCAAGCUGAAAAAAUGAAAUUUAGGUCUAUCCAUAAGUGUCCCCCAGCUAACGUCGGAGAUAGUGUGAGAGUCACUUUACCCGAUGUCGACAGAGGACGAGUAGACCCAAGAAAUAUUUUAUUUGCAGUUGUGGCUAUUGAGAACGAACAAUAUUAUAAACUUGGUAAUAAAUAUGGUACUUUGCCACAGUUAUAUACAAGAAACCAGUUUGGUGUUUGUCCGAAAUCAUUAAUACCGCUUGAUGAGGUGGUACCUAUAGAAAAACCAUUGAGGGAAAUUGCUGGUCUAAUAUCAGACGGUAGUGGUGGUCAAGGAUACAAAAGGUGUUCAUGCAAAGGUAAAUGUGACACCAAUCGUUGUAAGUGUAAAUCAUCUAAUAUUUUGUGUAAUUCAAAAUGUCAUGGAAGUAUGCCAUGUAAUAAUAAAUAGUAACACAUUAAUUCUAUUCUUAAAUAC